UGUCCGCCUGCAGCCGGGAGGAGCUGAGGAGAGAGCAAACCGGAGCGCAACAUCAAGAGUCAUGGUACCUUAGGGAUGUGGCAGCAAUUUUGACAGCUAGAAACGCCCCGUGAAAUUCUCAAAGUUUGUCCUAUUUGAAAGCUGAGAGAAAAGAACAAAGCGAAACGCCACAGAUUGGAAAACAAAUCGCGCGGAGGUGCAUCAGCCGCUGCAGAAAUUUCCAGCGGUGUCUGCCCGCCUGCCUGCGCUUUGUCGUCGGGAUCGCGAAGCGCCUCGUAGCCGGUGUCCGAGCCAAAUCUGAGCGACAGGAGACAAGAACAGUCCAAUUUCUCCAAAUCCCCCCCGCUGACACCUGUUUUUGGACCCCCGCGGUGUGUGCUGAUGUGGAGCUGACACACUGCAGUGAGCCUGGACAUAUGAAGCCCAUGUUCCUGCAGAUCUUAAUGGAAUGCAGCCAGAUAAAUUAUUAAUGUCAAGCCUGGAAGAUCCCUGCCACUUUGAUGUGUGAGCACACCCACCAAUAAUGGCCCAUAGGAUAUGCAGUGGAACUGAGGCAGACUUGUUCCCGUAUCCUGUCCAGGUAAACCUGAAGACUUUCGCCUGCAAACACAUCUGACUUUUACAAGAUCCGAGCGUGUACAGCAUGAGGCUGGUGUGGAAAUCCCUGGACAAGAUGAGGUGUCUGAGGAAACGCUCCACUAUUCCCUUCCUCGGCUUCCUCAUCACCUUCCUCCUCUUCCUUAACCUCUACAUUGAAGACGGCUACGUGCUGGAAGAGGAUAAAAGGCAGCUCAGGGAAACGUCAGUCCACCCGCCGAGCUCAGAACGAUACGUUCACACCUUCAGAGACCUCAGUAAUUUCUCUGGAACCAUUAAUGUCACGUAUCGUUAUCUCGCUGGAACCCCGCUGAACCGCAAGAAGUAUCUCACCAUUGGACUGUCAUCAGUCAAAAGAAAAAGAGGGAACUACCUUCUGGAGACGAUCAAAUCCAUCUUUGAUCAGUCCAGUUACGAGGAAAUGAAAGAGAUUGUGGUUGUGGUCCAUCUGGCAGACUUUGACCUGGUCUGGUGUGAGAACUUGGUGCAAGAAAUCACCAGGAAGUUUGCCCACCACAUCAUAGCCGGACGCCUCCUGGUGAUCCAGGCUCCGGAGGAAUACUAUCCAUCUCUGGAUGGGUUGAAAAGGAACUACAAUGAUCCAGAGGACAGAGUCCGUUUCCGCUCUAAGCAAAACGUAGACUACGCUUUCCUCCUCAACUUCUGCACAAACCUCUCUCACUUCUACAUGAUGCUAGAAGAUGACGUCCGCUGCUCCAGGAACUUCCUGACGGCGCUGAAGAAGGUGAUCACCUCCCGAGAAGGUUCUUACUGGGUGAUGCUGGAGUUCUCCAAGCUGGGCUACAUCGGGAAGCUGUACCACUCCAGAGACCUGCCACGUCUGGCUCAUUUCCUCCUCAUGUUCUACCAGGAAAUGCCCUGCGACUGGCUCCUCAUCCACUUCAGGGGUCUGCUGGCCCAGAAGGACGUGAUCCGCUUCAAGCCCUCGCUGUUCCAGCACAUGGGCUACUACUCCUCUUACAAAGGAGCAGAGAACAAGCUGAAGGACGACGACUUCGAGGAAGACUCCAUAGACAUUCCUGACAACCCUCCUGCCAGCCUUUACACAAACAUCAACGUCUUUGAAAACUAUGAUGCCACCAAGGCUUAUAGCACUGUGGAUGAAUACUUCUGGGGGAAGCCUCCUUCUACUGGAGACUUCUUUGUCAUAGUCUUUAAUAAAUCCACCAAAAUUAGUAAAAUUAAGAUUGCUACUGGUUCUGACGACCGACAGAAUGAUAUUCUUCACCACGGAGCUCUGGAAGUAGGAGAAAAACUAGUCGGGACUAAGAAAGGCAAACAGUGUUCCUCAUAUAUCACAUUAGGGGAGUUUAAAAAUGGCAACAUCGAGGUUCAAGAUGUAGACCACAAGAUUGCCUUUGACAUUGAGUGUGUGCGCAUUGUGGUGACAGCCAGUCAGAAAGAAUGGCUCAUUAUUAGAAGUAUAAGUUUAUGGACUACACAACCCCCCAGCCAAUGAGGACUAUACACAAAGACUCUUAGUAUGUCAUAGAGGCAAAGGUUUUUAUUAUUAUUAUUAUUUACAAAUGUAUGUAUUUCCAGGUUUAUUUAUUCAUUUUGUAUGUAUUUAUUGAUACUCAUUUUGAUUGCCAAAUCAAUCUAUAGUUUUUUAUACCUGCAAGUAACCUUAGUGGAGCCUCUUCCCAGUCAUUCUUAAGGACUGUUCAACUGACCUCAGAGUAUUCAUGAAAGUGUGUUCUCUUAAGUGUUUCAUAGGCCUUCAUUUAUUUUAACUUUUGAUAGCCAUCCAUAACAUAGAGCUGGACGAUAAUUCCAUACUAUCUUUUAUUGACUUGAAGUGGUAUCAUAUCAUAAUUGUGAUAUUGUUUUAUAAAAAUCUGGUUUACCAAUUAAAGGAUAAGUCUGGCAAUAUAUUGUCUUUUUUAUUGUCACAAAAUCCAAUGAAAAGACCAAAGCCAACAAUUUGAUUGAACUUGAGCUCCAUUGUUGUCCAAACCACAUGACAUCAAACCACAUCAAUGAGCCAAACUGUUGCACUUGAUGUGCUUUCAUUACCAUGAACAUACACAUCAGUCCCACAUACACAUUCCUGCAGGCAUAAAUACUCACUAGAGCAUAUCUAUUAAUCCACAGCUGAAAAUGGUCCCAAACAAAUGCAUAAUUUCCAGCUGUUUGAUUAACAUCUGCUAAAAAAAAACUACAGUAUAGGGUAGAUAACGGAAAGUAUUGAGAGAUGGAGUAACACAUUGUUGGUUUUGUUCUUUUCAUGGAAUUUGUUGACAGUAAGAAAAAUAUUGAUAUGACACCAGCCUUAUACUCAAAUGAAAAAUUCAAUUAUUGAAGGUUUUGUUUUACACAUUCAGUUUAGUCCAGUCUCUAGUCUGCAUAACAGAGAAGCAUUUCAUUGCAUUGAAUAUCAAAUCCAUCAUUUUACAUAAUUUUUUUCCAUAAAUUUACCAUAUUGUGAUAUAUAUCGGUAUUAAUGUCAGGAAGUUUCUUUUUAAAUUCAUUAUAUCUAUUUUUACCGUAUCGCCUAUCCCUACCUUGAUGACAUAUUUGUAAGUUAUUUAUGGAUGAUAUAAACAACCACUCAUUUAUGAAUGUUUUUGAAGUGAGCAAUGAAGACAAAUCUCACUUAGGGAACAGCUUACUGUACUACUGAUUUACUCAGUGUUGUUAAAUUUACCAUAAUUGACCACUCUUACUUUAAUAUGUUAUGAACCACAAAUUAUUUAUACACUGGGGGAAAGGAUAGUGAUUAUGAAGUGUAAAAAAAUAUUUUUUAAGAACAGGUUCUCCUUGAAAACACCAUCCAAUUAAAGCUAUUGUGUCUUCAACCAUUUUUCAUGAUUGAUAUUAAGACUGCAUAAGUGUAGCUCUGGGAUUUCUCUCUGAAAAUGUCCCCAUUUGGCCCUUAAUUAUUUUCCUCCUUGAAAAACCCACCAGGAAAGUAUCAGAGGUCAUUGUUGCCUUGAAUAUUCAUCAUGUCACACCUAACUUUUUCAGUUUUAAAUAUUCUCUCCCGCUUUAAUCAUCUUCUCGGUUGUGGUUGAGGCGGGAGUGUGAGUAGGCUGAGCUCUUUUACUAGCACUGUAUGUUCUGUCAGGGCUGCUGACAGGAGAACAAUGUUUGUUUUCACCCAUCUUCUCCAAGAGCUGAGAUUAGAUUGCACAGUGAAGAAUGGGCCAGGUCUGCUCUUAGCUCUCUUUUUUUACAUCACAGCACAAUUUUCCCCCAGUAAAUUGGUCUGUGUUUGCCUCACUCUCUACACCAGCAAAACAACAUCUCCCCCGGAGCUAUAGGAUCUCAAUUCGUUCUUUCUCCAACAUUGCGCUCUCACAGCUCCAAUGUUUCUGCUCCUACAUGGUUGCCUCUCUGUGAUCUUUGCUCUCGGUUCUUACAGUCAUAAAGCUGCUUUGAGGAAAUUUGCUUGGCUUCCUUUUGAAGAUGCUUUUCAAAUUCCCCACCUUGCUUUUUGUUUAUCAGCAGAUAACAUUUGCAAGAAUUAAUACUACACGUUAACACAUCAUCACCAUGAUGCUCAAAGUAAAUCAGAAUCAUGCUUUGAAAAUAACCUUGUCAUUCCCCAUGUUCCUAGUAAUUAUAAUCUGUCUGCGAGCAAUGUUCGGUGACUGAUUAGUCUCAUUGCAACGGUGUGAAGAAAUCACUCAACAAUGCAAUAAAGAGGUAAAUGUUUACAUAACACUGACGGUUCUUUAGGAACAUGAGGUGGAAGCAAAUAGUCAUUAAGCAUGCUGCGACGGCUUUGUGAAGCUUUGUUCCAUUGUUGCAGUAGCCACCUGUUCCAUGUUUUCCCUCAAGGUCUUGUUCAGUGUCACAGAUCGAGACCUUUCACAGAUUGGCUUGUACCGCCACCUCGAAAUCCUUCCUCAGCAAAUCCCCCAUGUGCUAUCUGAAAUGAAAUUAGAAUGCCCACCACCUCAACAAUAUGGCUUAUUGUUUUUCCUCAGCAUUUCUCUUGGAAUGUCGCUAUUCAUUUUGGUGAAUGAUUCCGUGACCUGCAUGGAUCAGCUCCUUGGAGGGGAUCUUGUUUGAAUGGAUGAUACUCGGAAACACAAUCUACAUUGUGCUGCGCGUGUAGUAUUCUUUAAGACGGACAUCGUGGUGCCAACUCGGCCUAGUAUUAUCUGCUUAUGAGCUAUAAACACAUGAUGUCACUGUAGCGCAGUUAGCUGUUUUACAAGUGUAAUUGAUGGCUUUGAUAGGUCUUAUGCCCAAGUAGAGCAACCGCGUUGUGAGGCUGAUAUUUCUAGAGGAGAAAUUGCUGUCUGAUCUUUAUUUGAAAUAAGAUGCCAGCCAAAACUAGCUGCAUGCUGCAGAUUUAUGGACAGAUUUACAUCUUGGGGAUAACAACAAAAGCCGCAUAAAUUCUUUAACUGGAUGUCAGGAAACUGCUGCGCGCAGCAUUCUUUGCUAUUGGCAGCCUGUUUGGAAACCGCAAUCCAUACAGGGCCUUGAGUGAACAGUGUCCACAGGAUCAGUUAUACAUUUCAGUUAAUACUUAGGGAAAGCUGUUCUUUCCUCCUGUCGAGCACCCACAGCUAUAAAUGGCCAUCUUCGCUGUUCAUUCAUCGGGAAUAAAACUCUUAACAACAUCGGCAGAUCUCUGUGAGAAAAAGGGCAGAGGUUUGUAAAUCACUUGCAGGCAGGUAACUGUGUAAGUUUGUUUAAUUAUAUCGGCCUUGAGGGUCCAAUGCCUGAAGAUCAGAGCAAGUGAUGAAUGUGAAUAUGAUAUGUGGGUCCUGAGUUAUUUGAAAUGUGAGCUGUCUUCCAGUGGAGCAUGUACAAAGUGCAUGAACAAAAAGCAUUUUCAGUGGAUAAAACAACUCCUUUUGUACGUCAGGAUCUAUGAAUUAUUGUUAAGCUUCUGCUAAUGAAAUUGUAUUGGGUUUGUAUGUAGAAGCCUACAGAUACUACCUUACAACAGGUUCGGAGUUGACAUGUGCUGUAUAUUGUUAAGUGGAGCGAGUGUGUUAAGAUGUUGUUUCAGUGUCUGUUUUUCUUUCCAUCGUUCUCUAAAUGGUACUGUAUUGUAAGAUGACAUAUAUUUUUUUACCCGUAUCAUUUCAAAUGUUGUAUUGUAUAUAUUGUAUUUAAAAUGAAAUUAGAUU